GCGGGGGCUAGAAGAAAGGGAGAGUAGGGGUAUUAAUGAAAAGUCUCAUUCUGCGGGAUAUUGGCAACACGAGUUGAGUAUGCACUGCAUAUUGAGAUCAUGUGUAUCCACGAGACAAUAACACUGAUUCUCCGAGACGAGAAAGAAUAGACUGACAGAACAACAACACUGCUCUCGAGGGUCGUCGCAAUUUCUGGUGAGGCAGCUUCCAAGUCGUACAUCCCCGAUCACCGCAGUGCAAAAGCCACUCGCCGUAGUAGAAAGCUCCAGAGGCUAACCUGCCACUUCAUGCAGGUUUUUGGUCAUGAAAAUGGAUAUAUUCCAUGUGUCUCGACAGACUACAUCACUGGUUGUACUUUUUUUAACAUAAAGCAGAUGGCGCUGCUGGAAGUGGCUUCCCAAAAGGAUGUUACGCACCGCCAGCCUGUCUUCUGAAGAAGUCGAGGCCCGAGAGCAUAUUGCUUUAAACGGAAGUUCGAAGAAUUUGCAUGACCCCGGCGGAGGGACUCCCGCGGUAUACUUUUUUGCUACCAUGCCUUAUGUUUCGGAUGAGAGCAAGCGACCUCUUCUUGUUGCUGUUGCCGAACGUAAAUUGUUUGGUGGCUCCGCUGUUCGUGCCCCUGUUAAACCCUUCCAAACACCUCAACAGCUUUCUCAGGAUCAGGCUCGCUAUGAGGUUCGUGGAGGAAAUGGGAAACCACGUCCUCCGCAAAUGACCCCUGUUGAUUCCUUUGUGGGAAUAGUGCAGGCGAAACGAUUUUAGAUUUUCCCUCUUCUAACUGUAUUGGUGUAUGACAAGAGGAACAGUUCUGGAGCAAGUGUAUGGCAGUGAAGUUGGUGUAUGACAGUGGAUCUCGUUUAUGGAGACUACGCGGGUGAAAUUUUUGACAGAUAACAAUCUACUGUAAAUGUGUUCCUCAAGUUAACAAAUAUAUCACGGGAGAACAAAGAAUAAAGGACAGAUUGAAGUGUGGGCCACAGAGUGAAGGCUGCGAUUUUGGUGUCAAAAGAACAGCCCUCUCAGGACUCCGCUUAACACCGCAGGAUGGGAUACGACCUUGGCGCGUCGACGGAAGACCGAAAAUAUUGCAACUGGUGUGAAGCAUUCGUCUUUGAAAAAACAUGCUUGGAGAUUAAAUUCGUGACAUCUAGUGAAUUCGCUUUGCGUCGAGUCAUUCUCUUAUCUUCUCUGCAACUGUCAUACGUAACCAGAGUCAUUGUAACGGAGACAUGAAACAGCUGUACAACGAUGGUCGUCUGGUCUUUGUAGGGCUUGUCUCCUCGCAAGCCCAUGCCCCUUCUGCGACGACCCUGCCUGCCUCAACACGAGCGCGCCCCCCCCGAGACUGUCCCUUCCGCAGCUGUCAAGUCUGUCAGACAGAACAAAUUGGAAAAUGAUUUCAAACGCAACAGCAGUUGUGCUUAGUGUGGAACAGGUAACGCCGAAGGUGUGAUAGACCCGCCCUUCUUUUUAUAAGGUCAAAGUACCUGGCGUGUGAAAGGUAAAAAGUACCAGGCGUUUCCCUCAAUACGGAGGCAGGGUCCCAGCGGCACUACCGUCAUCAGAACCAGCUAAUUUUCACUUUGAUUUUCCUUCUGACGAAUUCGUUAACAUUUUUCGGUAAGCAUGCGUUGAAAACUCGACAUCAUUGUGAGCUGCGGGUGUGUUUGUAUGACGCAGGGGAUUAGUAGAGCAUAUCGCACACAUCCAGAAGCGAGCGUUGCUUCGUCACCUUAUUAUUGAUUAUCCGCCCUGAGUGCAAGUCCCUAAAAUCGACUGGGUCGAACUAUGUUUCCCAAGAGUUGCUAUUGGCUUCUCUUUACCCCUGUUCUUCAGGCAAAGGUUUCGAUGGUAAGCUCCAGAAUUGCUCCAAUCCAUAGCAGGAUGGUGGCUGCUCUGUUUUUGCUAGUCGCCGUCCUCAUGUCCAGUUUAGGGCUGGGGAAGCAGGCGCAAAGUCAAGGACAAUCUCCAAACACCUGCACCAGUGCAACAGCCACCCUCGGUGGUAUUUCCGUUCAAGUCAACCACACGACAAAGAUGGUUUCAUUUAUCUGUGGUGACGACAUGAGUCAAAUACUGCCGUCGGAAACGAAUACGGUCACCGAGUGCUACACGAACAAAGAACUCAGAAACAAGCAGGACCUGAAGGACCUUUUCGGCUAAGACUCGACAGUCGCCGUCGAAUCUUCAGACAAAGGAAAAGGCGAAAAAAGCGCAACGGUCACGCUGACUCUGGGAAAGCUCCCUGAGACAACAAUGACGAUCUACUUUGGGUGUUCCAAGCCGGAAGUGACUGCAUCCCCGUCGACAAAAGAUGUACAAGACACUCGCUGGCCCAGCAUUCCUGCUUCAAAGCCAACUGAUUCAACAGCCCAGUGCGUUGUCACAGUGACAGUUCCCGCUGAUCCAGCUGCCAACACGUGCACCCUUACGAGGAAAACUAUGAAUCUGGAGGUCACCAGCAAAUCCAAGAGCGUGUCCUUCAAAUGUGACACGGACAUUGCCACACUGACUCCGGCGGUUGGUUCUGGUAUGAUAUACGAUGAGUUGUGCAAGAAGGAAGUCACACUGUCAGAAACGCUACCAACAGCCAAGCUGGAGGGGACAACCACUGGCUAUACCUUCAGUAUAGAAGAGCUUCCUGAGAAUGCCGCCACAUUCUGCUACAAGUGCUUAGCUUCUACUACUGGCAACCAGAAAGGAGGUUCCGGGGAGCAACUGUCUGCAUGCACUGUCAAGAUAAAUGUGUCAGCUGCUGUCCCCGACAGUGAUUUUCCGGCGUCUGGCGCAACAGGGUCAACACCUGCUUUGGUGUUUGGGUUAGCUGGUUCCGUGCUUUCUGCCGUUGGAGGUUUUUAGAACCUGUUUUGGUAGUACGGCAUACAGGAAGAAAUCGCGGGAGGCGGCAGACGCGCAAGGCAACAGUGUGGGGCAUGCCAAAAGCGAGAGAGCAGCAUCUGGCGGCACGACCGCAAAGGGUGUAGGUUAAUCUUGGAGAGCACCUGAGGUACCCUUAACGAAGACAGGGGGAUGUCUGUACAAUGUCAGUUUGCUUGUAGUGGAAGCACUGUCGUCUCUUUGCCGGCGCUGCAGUAAAUAGAGCAGUGAGAUGCCAGUAGAAGAGAGGGACAUCACAAGAGUGGUAAGUACAGAAAACCUCACGAUGUGUGGAGUGAUUGGCAUGUCGGGAAGAUGUGCAUCUCUGACGCAGCGUGCAUCACUGCGCGGGAGGCAAACGAACUGAAAUAACAAAGAAAAAUCCGUUGUGCAGGACCUUUCAGGUUGCUGCAACUACCCGAAAUUCUCUCAGAUCAAAUUCUUCACGUGCCCCGACCGCGCGAGUGUGAUGGCCUGUCGUCGGGCAGUCUGCUCUCCAUACAAGCGUUUCAUAUUUGCAGGGUUACGUGCGGUUCGCAACAAGCGGAAUCGCCAGCCAUGCACCUCUCAGUUCAAAACAGAUCGGGCUGUUGUCAGGGGCGUCCCAAACGGAAACUAUUCAGCAGAAACUUUUCGUAUGAAACUUGGAUGCUCAUCUUCCUUUGUGUGACGCAAAAUUAAUGGCGAUUCU